AUGGGUAUCGCACUGAAAAAUGUUGGUAGAAUAAAAAAACAUGGAAGAAAAAAGCUGGUUUCAAAAAACCCAUAUCUUAGAUUGUUAGUUAAGUUAUAUCGAUUUUUAGCUAGAAGAACGAAUGCUAAUUUUAACAAAAUAAUUGCAAAAAGACUUAUUAUGCCUAAACGUUUUAGGCCCCCAUUGUCAUUGUCGAAACUGCAUCGCCAUAUGAAAAAUCAUCAGGACUGUGUGGCGGUUGUUGUUGGAUCAAUAACAGGUAAUGAUGAUUAUAAAAGGAGUGUUCGUUUGCCAUUUCAUGAUAAAAGGUUAUUUACCUGUGGGAAGUUAAAAGUAUGCGCACUCAGAUUUACCGAGACAGCUAGAAAGAGAAUUGUAGAUGCAGGGGGAGAAUGCCUAACUUUUGAUCAAUUAGCCUUAAAAUACCCCACGGGGAAAAAGUGCAUACUGUUAAGAGGUCCAACUAAGGCAAGAACAGCUGAGAAGCAUUUUGGCAAGGCACCUGGUAGACCAAAAUCUAAAGCUAGACCAUAUGUUCGUUCAAAAGGAAGAAAAUUUGAAAAAGCGAGGGGAAGAAGAAAGUCUAGAGCUUAUAAGAAAUGA